AUGAAGCUAAUUCUUUUCUUAAUUCCUUUCGCAUUUGCUGCUGAUUAUGUCAUAACUACUGCGAAAGGGGCCACCGAAGUAAAUUGUACAUACCCUUUAUGCUCUCUGUGCAACUCUACCACAGCUUAUCAAAUAGAUGACUUCAGCUCUUUCCAAAUCCCCGACUACUUGGCUUCCACAUCUGAGCUUUUGCAAGAAAUGAUCGAAGAGCUUUCCAGCUAUUUAAACGCUUCAACCUACUUAGUUUCAGUAGGAAAAACUGGGCUCUGUGUAGAAGCUAAUGAUAUUGAAGAAGGGGCAAAUCUAGAUGACAUGUACCUAGACCUUAUAGAUGUGGAAUAUAAAGAAAUUGUUCUUAUUGAAAUAUUCGAUGCAGACGUAGAAAUUGGAAAAGCUAUUGGAAGAGCUGAAAGAGGAGCCGGCAAUGGGUAUGAUUGGACCAAUCUACAAGUACAGUUUUCGGCUUUUGAUAAUGCAAUUAUCAGCAGCUCUGUAACUUUUGAGCUUGAAGAAAUUUGGCAUAUUUUCGACUCAGGACACCAAGAAACCCAAUAUUUAGGACUUUCCUAUCUUGGAGCUAGCAUGGAGUAUGAAAAUGAAUUCAGAAUUUUCACAGAGUAUGACAGAGAAGAAAACCAAGAUUUUAAUGUCACCAUAUUCAAUGAAGUUGUAUUACUAGGAGACUUCGCAGAUGCUUUAGACUAUGAUUUAAAAUGCUCUGAAGUCGAAAGUCCAAGAGGCUUGGAUUAUGUGUCUUUAUUGCUGCCAAAUUAUGCAUUAAUGGUGUUCACGACAAAUUUCACUGAAAGUUUUGUCCAAGUUUUAUCUAUAAUUGAAGCUGAUUCCCCUGAUUUUAGUAUUGCUCAAGGAAUUUUAAUAGAAAACCCAAUAGCUUAUUUGAAUAUUUACCACAACACCUCAUACUGCCAACUUGAUAUUAAAGGAGAAUGAAAUGUUCCAGAUACCCCUCAGUUUACAAUAGAUGUCCUAAGCAGCAAAAAUGAGCCUUAUUAUGCUUUGGCCCAUAUAACUGAUCCUAUUGCAGAAAUUUCUUUUACCCAGCUUGAAAACUUAUUUAGUCAGCUUAAUCUUAAUCUUAUGUUAUUGAGUAGCUCCCGGCCAGGACCGUAGGUCCUUUUCUUCCUCCUUUUGGUCACCUCGCUUGCUUUCCUUGCCCUGCUCCCAGUGUACACCUAAGUGCCACAGGCUACCACUCGGCUCCUUCCGGUCAUGGGGUUUGGCCAUGAAAUUCUGGAAGUAGGCGGACUGGGUCGCCAUGCUUCACGUCGUCGACUAGGGUUAGAGCUAGGGAUUAACUCCCUAGCUCUUAUCGGCAUCUGCUGUGCCGUCCGAUUUGGGCACCAGCAGUCCCUAGAGGAAAACCCUUUUUUUGUCCCAUGCCCUGUCGGGACGAUCCGAAAAUCGUCAUUGCUGGACCGGGAGGGAAACCUAGCCGGACACAAAUACCAGUACCCAUACCAGACCUUUCCCUGACUCCCCCCCCUUUAAAUUGGAACAAAAUAUAGGUAAAAUUUCCACUUUUUGGUAAAUUAACCCCCCUUUAAAUUGGAACAAAUUUUAAUUUUAUAAUAAAAAAUAAAAAAUUUUAUAUAUAUAAAUCAUAAUUUUUUAUGUAAAAUGUUUUGAUAUAAUUUAAAUGUUUCUUCUUAACUAAAAUUAAAAAUUUAGUUAUAUCCUGCUCUUGUUUAAAGAAUAGAGUAUAAAGAGCAUCUUAUUUAAAUAAAUUUAUUAUCCUUAAUUGUUAAUUUUUAAAAAAAUUUAUUUUUUAUUUUUUUUGAUAAAAAUGAUAUUUUUUAUAUAAAUAGCUUUGAUAUAAAAAUCCAAUACGAUUUCUUUAUAAAAUUCAAAAUUUACUUAUUUCUUGCUUUAUUUUAAAGAAUAUAGUAUAAAUAACAUCUUAUUUAAACAAAAUUAGCACUUUGAUCGAUAAAUUUUUCUAAAAUUUUUUUUUUUUAAUUUUUUUUUAUCAAUAAAAAUAAUAAUUUUUGUGUAAAUAGUUUUGAUACCAAUUAAUAGUGGCGUAUUAAAAAAUAAUGAAAUUUUAGUUAUAUCUUGCUUUUUUUUUAAGGAUAUAAGAGUAAAUAGCAUUUUAUUAAACAAAUUUAUUAAUCUAAUUCGAUAAAUUUUUGAAAUUUUUUUUUUUCUUCAAAUUUUAUAUAAAUUUUUUUUUUAUAAAAAAUUUUAUAAUGAUUUUUUUUUAAAAAAAAUUUUCUUAACCCCCCCCCUUUAUAUUGGAACUAAAAAUUUUUAGUUCCAAUUUAAAGGGGGGGGGAGAGUGGAUUGGCUUCAGGCCGCAGCAAGGUCCCCAAUCACACUACAGGUUCGGGAGAGGACAGAUCGUGUGUCGUCGCCAUUUUAUUUGUAUUUAUUUAGUCAGCUAUCAGCUGAUUUUUCUUCAAUUUUUCCUAUUUACCAAACACAAACUGAACUGAUAAACAGACUUUAUGAAAUUAAAUGCAUAAAUACCAAGCUUGAGCUCGAUUUCGCCCCAGAAACUUAUGUGACUCUUGAUUGUGAUGGGAAAAUUGUCCAGGAAUACGACUCUAAAGUAAAUGGCUAUUUCGGAAGAUUCAAUACAACAGUUGAAGAUUCAUUUAGCUUUAGCGACAUUUUACGAGAGUCUCUUGGGUAUUUAUUAGGGGAAGGGUUUCCUGAGUACUCUAGCAUUACAAAUAUGAACUUUAAUUCAAGCACUUCUGAUGUGAAUUUAGAGGAGUCUUAUUUAUCAGCUCCAUACAUAUUUCCUGCAGGGAUUCAAUUUGCUUAUGAUAUAAACCAAAUUAGUAACUGUACCUCUGAUACUAAAUGCGAAAAUAUCGUGGUUUAUAACCUAACAGACCCAGUCAAUAUGAUAGGAGAGUAUUUUCCUAAUGACUUCUUCAUGUCUGGAGGCAUGGAUGUGGUGUAUGUAGCACAUGAAGUAUAUCUUUAUGACACUUUAAUGGUGAAAUAUUUUGAGCCACUGUCUCCAGUCUAUAUUUCAGGGCUGCUUGACAUUCUUCUAGACUCAGACUCCUUCAGCACUUUUACUGCAAAUGUCACCUUAGACGAAGAUGGCUCUGACAUUUAUUAUUUAGCUGGCCGCCUUCAAGAAGAAUGAACUACUGUAUUUGGCGUCCCAGGGUUGCUUAUUUCUUCAUUAGAUCUCAAUUAUGAAGUCAAAAAUAGAGAAAUUUUAACUGAAUACAACCCAGGACAAGCAUCAUUUUCAUGUGGGGAAAAUAAAUACUGCUGGAAUGGAGAAGCUUAUGUAGAGAUUGAUCAUGAUAACUAUAAUUAUAAUCAGCUGGAUUUAGUUAUGCAAGCUGCUGAUGCUGACACGUUCUUUAGAAGUGUUGCAGGGAUACAGGCAACGAAUUUGGCAAAGACUUUUAAUUUUACUGGCGGGGCAAAUAUUGAUAUACAGCUGCUGGAAUCGGUAAACACAGAGCAAGGGGUUAUAAUUGAAGGCCAAGCUGAAUUUUUGGGACUUCCAUGCAAUUUUUAUAUAAAAACUGAAAUUAAUUCAAGCUCAUUUAUUGCUGAUGUAGAUGUGGUGCCAUUUAUUAUGGGGUAUGGGAAUAUUUUUGUUAUGAAUGUGACUGGGGAGGAUAUGCAUGUAGAUCUAGAUAUAAGCGAAAAUUCCACGUAUGGGACUAUGGAUGUUAAUGCAAGCUUAUGGUCAAUAACAGGCAAAACUGAAUUGGAGAUGGAUGACACUUUAAUUUCAUUCAAAACUACCGGGUAUCCUUUUAAAGGAAAUUACCUAAUGAAUUUAACAGUAGAAACCGAACCCUCAAGUGAUAUUACAAAAAGCACUGCUUUUGUAUACGGAGAUCUCUCUUCAGAUGACAUUGAACAACUGAACUCUGAUAUGACAAAACUGAUAGAAGAAUGAAUCGAACAAGGAACAACUGCCCUUCAAAUGUGUGAAAACAGCUUAGACGACCAAGAAACAGUUGUUUCCCAGUCAGAGUCCAAACAAUGCACAGAGCCAUGCCCAACUGAAGAGAUUUGUACAUCUCCAGUGACAUCUUCAUGUGUAGACUAUUCUUACGCUAUGGACUGUCUCCAAAACUCCACUGCCUGUGACUCAGUCUCAGUUUUAUGUUAUUCCUACACAGUUUAUUGUCUUGAAGAAUCUACUUAUUGUGUCAGUUACGAAAAAAAUAUGCCAAAUGUUUGCAAAGAAUACAAAACUGAAUGUGUAAGCACAGUCGACACUUGUGAUGAAUAUUACUUAGACUGUGUAGGAGAGCAGACAGGGAAUUGUGAAGUCAUUGAUUUUAUAUCAACUGGAGAAUGUGCUGAGACUGCUUUUAGAUGUGAAAUGAAAGAAGUUCCUGAAAUGCAGUGCGAGUCUAGUUGUGAGUAUGAGAAAUUAGUACUAAAAGAUGAAUAUCAGCGAUUGGAGUAUUAUCAGAAUGUUAGUGUAGAAACAGAAAGCGAGCUGGGUGGGUUUAGGAAUCUCAGCGAUUUUGAGAAUCUGAUUGAUAUUAAAAGAGGAAACUUCGAGCUUGAGCUUUAUGAAUCAGGUAUAGGACCUGGAGAUAUACAAAUUACUUUUGAUUUAUCAGUCCCUGAUAUAUCAACUUAUACAAUGGCUGAUAUAAGUGUCACUAUCAUAUGGAACUUUUUUAAUUCUGACGAAAACCUCGACUCUUUAAUGUACGAAGUAAAAAAAGCGAUCAUUGAUAUGAGCAACAGCACGCUCACAUACGAUUUAUUAGAAAAAUCUCCAUUAGAAGUUUAUUUAGAGCAUUAA